AUGGGUGUAAAGGGUCCAAAGCCCAUGGUGUUUUUUGGCACAAUUCUUAAACGCUUUCGCAAUCCGGUCUCACUUCUGGAUCAGUCAUAUGUCCGUAAAUAUGGCAAUGUUUUCGGCAUAUUCAACGGCACGGAUCCGGUACUGUUUGUGGCGGAUCCGGCGCUCGUCAAACAGGUAUUGGUUAAGGACUUUCAACGAUUCUCUGACCGACGGACCCUUAAGACAGAGCACCCAUUGAUCAACAAAAACUUAUUCAACACCGAAGGCGAGACGUGGAAACGUUUGCGUACCAUAAUGUCCGGCACAUUCACUUCGGGCAAAAUGCGCAAAAUGUACCCACUGGUGCGCCAGUGCAUCCAGGAAUACCUAGAGCACAUGGAAAUAUUGGCUAAACGUGGCGAACCGAUAGACGCCAAAGCCCUGCACCAGGGAUUCACCAUGGACGUUAUAGCCCGUACGGCGUUUGGCACCGAGACCAAUUCCCAAAAGGAGCCCAAUAGUCCGUUCGUGAGAAAUGCCCAUGAUGUUUUUAAAUUCAACCCGUGGAAAGUGAUACCGGCGUUUAUAUUUCCCAAAUGGUUGAAUACGGCGCUCGGCAUACGUACCCAUUUAGGCGAGAGUCCCAACAAUUGGAUAUUUGAAUUGAGCCGACAUUUGCUGCAGAAGAGGAGGAAUGGCUUCAAAAAUAAUGAUUUCCUGCAACUCUUGGUUGAGGCGAAUGCCGCAGAUAUUAAUGCUAACCAUCAGAAGGCGGCCAUUGAUAACGAGUCUCAUCACGUGAAUGAAGGCGAAGACGAAAAGAUGGCCGAAAACUCUGCACUGAGUUUAGACAUCGCCGACAAAAUGCUAACCGACGACGAGAUCAUCGCCCAGUCGUGGCUUAUCCUGACCGCCGGCUUUGAGACAACGGCCACAACCCUCGGCUACAUCUCGUAUCUCAUGGCUCUCUAUCCGUCAUCACAGGAGCGGAUCCGCGCCGAAGUGGCCGAAGCGGUCGACGCGGACGGCGAGAUCAACUACGAGACACUUCAACGCCUGCCAUACCUCGACGCCUGCCUAACCGAAACCCUACGCCUAUACCCACCCGUCGCGCGACUGGAACGGGUGGCCUCCGAGGACAUAGCCCUCGGCGUCGACGGUGUGGUCGUACGUAAGAGACAAAGGGUUGAGAUCCCGGUGUAUGCCAUACACCGGUCCGAAAAGUACUACUCGCAGCCCAACGAGUUUCGACCCGACCGGUGGUUACCCGAGAAUAAGCACAAACUAGUGCCCUAU